GUGAUGGCACAUAGUGUUGACACAGAAAAUGGACUCGAACGGCUACUUGGUAGUUGGAGUGGUAGCUUUUGCUCUACUUUGCUCAUUCAGAGUUUCUUUGACAGAUUCAGUUCCAUUAUUUUCGCCUGUUCAUGACGCUGCUUCUUUGACUCGCAACUCUUUCCCUGCUGGCUUCAUCUUUGGGGCUGGAUCCUCAGCCUACCAGUUCGAAGGAGCAGCAAAGGAAGGUGGAAGAGGACCAAGCAUAUGGGAUACCUUCACACAUAACCAUCCAGAAAAGAUAAGAGAUGGAGCCAAUGGAGAUGUCGCCGUUGACCAAUAUCACCGCUACAAGGAAGAUGUUAAGAUCAUGAAGGAUAUGAAUUUGGAUUCAUACAGAUUCUCAAUCUCUUGGCCUAGAAUACUACCCAAAGGAAAGCUCAGUGGUGGUGUAAAUCAAGAAGGAAUCAAUUAUUACAACAACCUCAUCAAUGAGCUAUUGGCUAAUGGUGUACUGCCAUAUGUGACUCUUUUUCAUUGGGAUCUUCCCCAAGCUUUGGAAGAUGAGUAUGGUGGUUUCUUAAGCUCCCAUAUAGUAGAUGAUUUUCAAGACUAUGCGGAUCUUUGCUUUAAGGAAUUUGGAGAUAGGGUGAAGUUUUGGACUACUUUGAAUGAACCAUGGUUGUUCAGCCAGGGUGGCUAUGCAACCGGAGCGACGGCACCAGGAAGAUGUACCGGUCCACAAUGCCUCGGUGGUGAUGCUGGCACUGAACCUUACAUAGUUACACACAAUCAAAUUCUUGCUCAUGCAGCUGCUGUUCAUGUGUACAAGACUAAGUAUCAGGCACAUCAGAAAGGCAAGAUAGGUAUAACGUUGGUAAGUAACUGGUUCAUACCGCUUGCAGAGAAUAGCACAUCAGACAUAAAGGCUGCGAGAAGGGCAAUUGACUUUCAAUAUGGAUGGUAUAUGGAACCAUUAACAAAAGGAGAGUAUCCUAAAAACAUGCGAGCCCUGGUGGGAAGUAGAUUGCCUAAGUUCACCAAAUGGCAAGCCAAGCUAGUGAAUGGAUCAUUUGAUUUUAUUGGCUUAAACUAUUACUCCUCUGGUUAUAUUAAUGGUGUCCCUCCAAGCAACGACAAACCCAAUUUUCUAACAGAUUCUCGCACCAACACUUCAUUUGAACGCAAUGGAAGACCCCUAGGUCUAAGGGCCGCUUCAGUUUGGAUAUACUUUUAUCCAAGGGGACUUCUAGAUCUUCUGUUAUAUACCAAGGAAAAAUACAAUAACCCUUUGAUUUACAUCACCGAAAAUGGUAUGAACGAAUUCAAUGAUCCAACCCUUUCCGUGGAAGAAGCUCUCAUGGAUAUUUAUCGAAUUGAUUAUUAUUAUCGUCAUUUCUUUUAUCUUCGAUCAGCAAUUAAGGCUGGCGCAAACGUUAAGGGAUUUUUUGCAUGGUCAUUUUUGGACUGUAAUGAAUGGUUUGCAGGGUUCACUGUUCGGUUUGGAUUAAACUUUGUAGAUUACAAAGAUGGCUUAAAAAGGUACCCUAAGCUUUCUGCUCAAUGGUACAAGAACUUUCUGAAAAGAAACUAGUGUUAGACCCACCGUUUGAAAGCUAUGCAGCACCUAAAAACGGUUAGGUUAAGCUCAAUGUUUGUAGUUGUAGCUAAUUCCACGUAUAAGUCAUUAGGUUGUUGUUUUCUGUUAGAAUAAUUUCAUGGCACACUACUAAGUGUCCUGCACCAGCACAGCUAUAAAUUAAUAUGUUAUAGCUGAUCCUUCAUGUAUCGGUUUGAUUUUGAAUGUUAUCUCAGAAUUAAGAUUCAGUUUCAGUUUCAACAAUUA